AUGUCCAAAAGAAGUGCGUCUGAGAUUGUCGAGAACAUUGAAGAUGUCAAAAAGCAUACUUCUGCCAAACCAGUUGAUGUUGAAAUGGCAGGUGAAGAUGAUUAUGCCCAACAAUUAGGAAUAGAAGGUGAAAUGGAGAAUUUAUCAGGUGAUGAUUAUGAAUCUGAAGGUGAGAUUAUCGAAUUAGAUCAUUCUGAUACUGAACUGGAUGGCGCAAUUGAUGCAGAUGGAUUGAUUGAAAAGGCCAAGCAAGCCGAAGAAAAGGAAUCCGAAGAGACCUUGUAUUUACCACAUAGAUCUAGACCGUUAGGACCAGAUGAAGUUUUAGAAGCGGAUCCAACAGUAUACGAGAUGUUACACAAUGUUAAUAUGCCAUGGCCAUGCUUAACUUUAGAUAUUUUGCCGGAUAGAUAUGGUGAUGAAAGAAGAAGUUAUCCAGCAAAAAUGUAUUUGACAACUGCCACUCAAGCUUCCAAAGCCAAGGACAAUGAAAUGAUAGUUAUGAAACUAUCAUCACUAGCAAAGACUUUGGCUAAAUCUGAAGACGAAGAUGACGAUGUUGAUGAGGACGAUGAAGACGAAGAUUACGACCCAAUCUUGGAGAGUGAAACCUUACCUUUGAAACAUACCACAAAUAGGAUUAGAGUUAAUCCAUGGGCUGCAAAGACAAACGAAUACUUGACAGCAACUAUGUCCGAAAGUGGAGAAGUUUACAUUUUUGAUAUCUCUUCUCAAUUUAAGGCUUUUGAUACACCAGGUUACGUGAUCCCCAAACAAAGUAAGAGGCCACUUCAUAUUAUUAAAAACCAUGGUAAUGUUGAAGGUUACGGUUUAGACUGGUCGUCAACCGAAGAUGGCUCUUUGUUGUCCGGUGAUGUUACCGGUCGGAUUUAUUAUACACAUAGAAACAAUAGUAAGUGGGUCACCGAAAAAAACCCUUACCAAGUCAACGAUGCAUCAAUUGAAGAUAUCCAAUGGUCAAAGUCAGAAAAAACUGUGUUUGCGACUGCUGGUACUGAUGGUUACGUCAGAAUAUGGGAUACUAGAUCUAAGAAGCAUAAGCCUGCAUUGAGUGUCGUUGCAUCUCAGAGUGACGUUAAUGUUAUUUCUUGGUGUGAUAGAAUUGAUUAUUUAUUAGCUUCAGGUCAUGACGAUGGUACGUGGGGUGUCUGGGAUUUAAGAAACUUCCAACCGAACACACAACCUACACCUGUUGUUUCCUACGAUUUCCAUAAAUCUCCAAUCACAUCUAUUGCAUUCAACCCAUUGGAUGAAUCAAUCGUUGCAGUUUCAUCUGAAGAUAAUACAGUGACGUUGUGGGACUUGGCGGUUGAAGCUGAUGAUGAAGAAAUCACUCAGCAAAGGAACGACACAAAGGAGUUAAAUGAUAUUCCUCCACAGCUAUUGUUUGUUCACUGGCAAAAAGACGUUAAAGAUGUCAGAUGGCACAAACAAUUACCAGGUACACUAGUGAGUACAGGUACUGAUGGUUUAAAUAUUUGGAAAACUAUUUCUGUUUAA